CAAGCACGUGUAAUCAAAAAAGUCGCAUAGCACAUUUUUGUCGGUACGCAAAUAUCUCAUUCUGUGUGUGCACUGUGUAAAUUAAACAGUUUAUUUCGAUUCCAAGCGAAAUUAUUGUUAUUCAUUCGAAUUUAUCGUUUAAUUUUCGUCGUAACUUUUCAUCCUUUCACUCUUCAAAAUGGGUCGCAAAGGUUUAUUUGCCGAAAAACCAAAAAAAGGUCCUGGUAGAAAGGCUAAGAAGCAAGGCCCACCAGUGCUUAGUAGACAAUUCAAAGCUGAAAAAGAGAAUAAAGAUGAACAAAUAUUGUCACAUCGGCAAAAACAGCGUUUGGUGAAACGUGUAAAGAAGCAAGAAGAGAAGAAAAUUAAAAUGAGCGGUUAUGGCCGUAAUAAAAAUAAACAAAAUCAACCGAAAAAGGUAUACGCCAGUGACACAGAUGAAGAAGAAAGUGAUGCUGAGGAAAAUCAAGUGGAAAGUGGCGAGGAAAGUGACGAAAGUGAAAGUGGAACUCGUGGUUUUACCGAUGACAAUAAUGAAUGGCUAAAACCAAAAAAGUCAAACCAAUCAGCUGAAGAGGAAAUUGAAGAAGACAGUGAAGAGAUAGAAGAAGAAUUGGAAGAAGAAUCGGAAAAUGAUGACAAUUUAAAGGUUGAAAGUUUGGCAAACUACACCGAUGAUGAUGAUGACGAGGAGGAUGACGAUGAUAUGUUUGAUAGCGAUGAAGACGAAGCAGAGGAUGAUGAUAAUGAUGAUGAUGAGGAGGAUUUGCUGCCAAUUGAAAAGAAAAAUCGACAACUUCGAAUCAAGCAGGCGAAAGAAGCCAAAAUGGCCGAAGAAGAAUUGCAAGAAAGUUUGGCAAAUCAAGAAGUAUUCGAAUUUCCCGAUGAAAAUGACGAUACACCAGUCACAUUGCAAAUUGUACAACAACGAAUUAAGGAUAUAUCGGUUGUAUUGGCCGAUUUUAAUCGGCGACGUUUGCCAAACAAAUCACGUCAAGACUAUUUGGAAUUGUUACGUAAAGAUUUGUGCAUGUAUUACAGUUACAAUGAUUUUCUAAUGGAAAAAUUGAUGCAAAUCUUUCCAGUAAAUGAACUAUUUGAAUAUUUAGAAGCAUCGGAGGUACCACGGCCGCUAACAAUUCGUACAAAUAGCUUGAAAACACGUCGUCGUGAUUUGGCUGCAGCUCUAAUCAAUCGUGGCGUCAACUUGGAUCCACUUGGUAAAUGGACCAAAGUUGGUUUAGUUGUUUACAAUUCGAAUGUUCCAUUGGGCGCCACACCUGAAUAUCUAGCUGGACAUUAUAUGAUCCAAGGCGCAAGUAGUAUGUUACCCGUAAUGUCAUUAGCACCGCAAGAGAAUGAGCGUGUAUUGGAUUUGUGUGCAGCACCCGGUGGUAAGAGUUCACACAUUUCAGCACUCAUGAAAAAUACCGGCGUACUAUUUUCAAACGAUGCAAAUCGUGAUCGUAUUAAAGCGGUUGUUGGUAAUUUCCAUCGAUUGGGCGUAAUGAAUGCGGUCGUUAGUUGUGAAGAUGGUUGUAAAUACAAGAGCAUAAUGACUGGAUUUGAUCGAAUUUUAGUCGAUGCCCCAUGCACUGGAACCGGUGUCAUUUCAAAAGAUCCAAGUGCAAAAACAUCAAAAUCCGAAAUUGAUGUACAACGUUGUUACAAUAUACAACGAAAAUUAUUGCUAACCGCUAUCGAUUGUGUGAGUGCUAAGAGUCCAACUGGUGGUUAUAUUGUCUAUUCAACAUGUUCCAUUUUACCCGAAGAAAAUGAAUGGGUCAUUGAUUAUGUACUGAAGAAACGAAACGUUAAACUUGUUUCAACUGGUCUUGAUUUUGGAACGGAAGGUUUUGUAAACUAUCGCCAACAUCGAUUCCAUCCAACAAUGAAACUUACACGUCGCUACUAUCCACACACGCACAAUAUGGAUGGAUUCUUUGUUGCAAAACUCAAGAAAUUCUCCGAUGUUAUUCCAAUUUCAAAAGAUGGCGACAAUGAAAACGAUACAGAAAUCGUUGACGAAAAUUCCACAUCGAAUGUUGAAACGGAAUCCACUAACGGUGACACAACCGAUCAAACAAAAGGUAAAAAGCGAAAAUUAGCUGGCAAACCAACAUUAACGCCAGAAGAGAAGAAACGUAAAAAGGAAGAAGAAGAAAAGAAAUACGUGGCCAAGGUGUAUGAAAAACCACAGAAAAUUACAAAGAAGAAGAAGAAGCCACAAAGUAAUGAGAAAACACAGAAGAAUGUGAAACAACAAAAAAAUAAAAAUAAUAAAAAGAAAAAUUAAAAUUAUUAUUAAUGC